AUGUACAGAGUGAAACGGAAUGUUUUGGAACAAGUGAAAACUCCUGCUACCAAACCCAGAAAAAAACCUGACGGUGGGAGUGAAGAUGUCCUCAAGUCCUUCUUAGUGAACGACUGGUCAUCUGAUGAAGACUUUAUCAAGACAAAAUCUUCCUUUCGGGUUCCAGAAAAGAGCAAUUCUCCAGCGGUGCAUCCAUUCAGGAAACCACUGUCUCAGUUUAACGCACCUGUUUUUGAUAGUGAUGAUGAUGAUGAAGAUAACGUCAUUAGGAGUACUUGGAAGACGCGUCACUCAAAGCCCAAGUCCCGUCUAAAGGCGGACAAGAAUGACGAGGAGAACCGUUCUCCACUUUUGCCCUCCAGCCCUUUUCCUCCCACCAAAACUCAGGAGUUAGCCGUGUCGCCCAGGCGCACGUUUUCAAUGCCUGCUGCCCUGCACGAGUCAGGCAGCUCUGAGGAGGAGUUUGUGUCCUUACUGGAGAGGCUCAAAAGAAAAAACAACCUCACAAGCACUUCAUUCUCACCUACGACCACCAAAGAAUCUGAUAAGGAGGUUGUUCCAGCUCCUGCUGCGAAGUCGUUCACAACACCCAACUCUAACUCGUUAAGAAAAACACCUGGACAUGCGAAGACGAAAGGAAGCUCGCCCAUCAUGAAGCCCAAGGUCUGUCAGACAGAGCCCAGACCUGGCUGCAAGAGCAGGGAGGUGGUGUGCACGACUCCUGGCUGCUUCUUGGAGUCUCUCACAAACCCCAGGUCCACCUACGGGGCCAGUUUCAAGACAAACAAGGAAGAACUCACAAGCAAGCUCUACCAGCUGUACAACACCAGUGUGUUUGACAACAAGCUUCCAACCGACAUGUCGUUGACCUGGAACAAGAAGAUGCGUAAAACAGCUGGCUACUGUGUUACGGGACAGGAGAGGGGUGGAGGGAAGCGCUAUGCCCGAAUCGAGCUGUCUGUAAAAGUCUGUGACUCUGCAGAUCGUCUCAGGGACACGCUGAUACAUGAGAUGUGUCACGCCGCGACGUGGCUGAUAAACGGCGUGAGGGAUGGACACGGGAACUUUUGGAAGCUGCACGCUCGUAAAGCCACGUUGGCGCACCCCGAGCUGCCCGUGGUCACACGCUGCCACAGUUACGACAUCAAAUACAAGUUUCAGUACCAGUGCACCCGCUGCCAGAACACGAUCGGCCGUCAUUCCAAGUCACUGGACACUCAGAAGUUCGUGUGCGCUCUCUGCACGGGUCAGCUGGUCCUGUUGACGCCCUCCAAGCCGCGCGCUCCCACGCCUUUCGCCAACUUUGUCAAACAGAAUUAUGGCAGCGCACGGCAGGAGCUAGCAGGGCAGAGCCACGCCGACGUGAUGCGAAAGCUGAGCGCAGACUUUGCCUCGAAGACCAAACUGAGCUGA